CUGGGAGAGCUUCUCGUGCGCACCGACGGCACCACUCCGCGCAAAAAAGACAACCCGGAAUAGUUGUCUGGAAACGUUUCUUUUCCCCCCACAUUAUCAAACCUCAGUUUUGAGAGAUUACGCUAUCCACCUUUUCCUCGAAAGAUGACACCGUAAUAUUUUGAUCUGUGAUUUUUUUCAGCAUCAAAUCUACUACUUCUAGACGACGCUUCUAGCCAAUUCUCCACUGAAUGAGAUGAGAACUGGUGAGGAUUCUUCUGGAACGGUCCUGCACCGUCUUAUUCAAGAGCAGCUGCGCUACGGGAAUCUGACUGAUACCAGCACACUUCUCGCUAUCCAGCAGCAGGCCCUGCGUGGAGGCAGUAGUGGUGGAGGCACAGACAGUGCUCAGUCCUCGCUGGAGAGCCUUACUCAAGAGGAGUCACAGUACAUCCAGAUGUCAACAAGGCAAGAGCCUCAAGGCCAGGAGCACCAGGUGGAUUGCUCACACUCGGAAAGUCCCGUAUGCCACCUAUACCAGCUCCACGGAGAAGAGCUGCCCACAUAUGAGGAGGCCAAGGCCCACUCCCAAUACUUGAUCUCUUACAAGGGGCAAGCCAAGGUGGAAGGCCCUGGUGUGAUGGAUAUGAUGAUGGGGAGUCCCGGUGAGGGUCAGUGGGACCUGAAACGGGAGCAUGCUCGCUCCCUUAGUGAGCGGCUCAUGCAACUCUCUCUAGAAAGGAAGGGACCAAGAGACAGUCUACCAAUGAGCUCCUCACAUAGCUAUCCCCAGCUGUACAAUAAUCGUGCCAGCCCAGUGGCUCUAAACGGGCAAGUGGCCCAACAGUGUCCAGAUCAGCGUGGCCCACCACCAGACUAUCCCUUCUGUGUGAAGCUUCCUGGUUAUAUGGUCAGCCACUCACAGGAGCAUGGACACUAUUACAGAGAGCCACCUCCACCCUUCCACUCACAAAAUCACAGGUAUGUGUCUGUUCAGCCCCAGGUGGUUCACAACGGUAUAUACCACACAGUGAACCCUGCCAACACAGAGCUACUCGCCACAGCCUCCAACAACCCAAGCAAUAACCCGCUUCAGAUGGACAUGCUGAUGCGGGAGAAUGAAAGACUAAGGAAGGAGGUGGAGGUCUAUACCGAGAAAGCAGCCAGAUUGCAGAAGCUGGAGUUGGAAAUCCAGAGGAUAUCUGAAGCAUAUGAGACACUUAUGAAAGGCUCUGCCAAAAGGGAAGCACUGGAGAAAAAAAUGAGGAACAAACUAGAAGGAGAGAUUAAGAGGCUGCAUGACUUUAAUAGAGACCUGAGAGAACGCCUUGAGACGGCUACAACACAGCGACUGUCCAAGGAGAAGGAAUCUACAGACCAGAAACAACAUGUCUUUUCAAAACUACUUGAACAAAUUGAGGAGCAGCAGCGGGAACGGGAAAAUUUGGAGAGGCAGCAUCAGCAUCUGCGCAUCUCUGGUGAGGAGUGGUCCCGGAGACGGGAAGCACUGGAGCAUGCUCUGGGCUCGGCACAGGCCCGCAACCAAAAACUGGAGGAAGAGUUGCAAAGGAAGAGAGCCUAUGUGGAGAAGGUGGAGCGGCUGCAGAGUGCCCUAGCUCAGCUACAGGCCGCCUGCGAGAAGAGAGAAGCCCUGGAGCUGCGGCUCCGCACGCGGCUAGAGCAGGAGCUGAAAAGUCUUAGGGCAAAACAGUCUCAGACCCAGGCAGCUGGACCGCUGGCCUCAGAGCUGAGUUCUUGCACUUUGCAGCAGCAGCUGAGGGAGAGGGAAGAACGUAUUUUGGCUCUAGAGGCGGACAUCACUAAGUGGGAACAAAAGUAUCUGGAGGAGAGCACUAUGAGGCAGUUUGCCAUGGAUGCAGCUGCCACUGCUGCAGCACAGAGAGAUACGACCAUCAUCAAUCACUCACCCCGACAUUCACCUAACAGCAGUUUCAAUGAAGAUCUGCCAUUAUUCAGUCACAGACACCAAGAGAUGGAGAAUAGGAUCCGGGUCCUCCAUGCCCAGCUCUUGGAAAAAGAUGCUGUGAUCAGGGUCCUUCUGCAGCGUUCCAGAUGGGAGCAGGACAAACUGGACAAAAAAGGGCUUCGGAUGGCUAGGUCUGUCCCCUCCAUCAACACUGUGGCCAACAACAACCCAGCGGACUGUGCCACCAAUGGGAAAGGGAAGAGCCUCUCAGAUGACCAGACGGGUGCUGCUUUGCCGCCACCCCAAUACUGUGCAGUGACAAAGGCUCAGAGCCGUGACUCCAGCACCCAGAGUGACAUGUCCUUGCAAGAGCCUGAGCACACUGCAGAGCCUAGCAAGCCCACGACUUUGGAAGCUAUCUCGCCACCUUCCCCUGAGAACUUGGAGGAGCAGACUGUACCACUCAAAACAUUCAAGAACAUCAGUUGCUCAGAGGCAGAAGUGGUUGAAAUUCUUAUCUAAAACCACAAGGUGCUGAAAAAAGCUUGUGCAACUGAUCAGCAAAAACACGAACGGUGACGUCAUAGUUGAGAAGCGGGAGGCUUCCCUUAAACCCAUCACAGGGAAGGAAAGUCUGCCUGACUUCUGGACAGAGCUGCUGGAGGACGUCUCCCUGAGAUUCAGGCAUUUUCACUUCAAUCAACCAUGUGUUAUUGGAAAAGAGAUUAAAGAAUGUGUCACAGUUUGGGUUUGGAGAGCUGAGCUUUCCUGUACUGACUCUGUACACCUCAAAAAUUUAUGUUUAGUUUGCAAUGUUCCCUGGCAAGUCUGAAUUCUUCAAGGUACCUGGACAGUUCUCUGCUUUACUGCAGAGUAUAGGAAAUGGGCUGCUUUGCAUAAAUGCUGUGCAUGUUGUUUUUGUUUUUUGUUUUUUUAGUCAUCUAUUUAUAUUAAUGAGUGCUGCUCACUGUGAUAUUGGACAUUUUUCCAUAAGAGAGAAAAGGAAGAAAACAGUACAUUCAGUUACUCACAUAUGCCUUUCUGUGUUCCCCUUUUUGUGCCAACAUGACACAAGUAACUUUUUCCUGGAUUGUGUAUACUGUCCUUUCUGAAACCAGUGGGAGUGCUUAGUAAAGCUGGCAGAAGUAUGCUCUACAUGUUUAGGAUUACUCUGUUUAACACAGUGCUUGACUAAAUACAAAUUAACCCACCUUCAGCAUUCCCUAUCUUAAAUUAACUAUACAGAAGAUAUUUGUUAAUAGCCAGUUGAGGCACCGCCCACAGUAUAGCAUGAUUUGAAACCUCCCAUUGAAGUUGGAGCCCACAGAAAAUGUCUGUUCAUUCUUAAAAAAAAAAAAGAAGACAGGAUUGAUGGUGUUUCACGGGGGUCUAAUUUUCAAGAUCCCGGGUUAAUGUUUGGGGCCUCAGAUGGCUACUGCCCAGCAUUCCUCUCCCCUCUGCUUACAUGCUGUAGCUAAUCUCCCCACAUUCCUCUCUGAAGGAAUGCUCCCGUUAAAGAAAAAGGCUAUCUAAAGUCUGACCCCACGGCCUUGUAAAAACUCCAUGCAUUCUCAUCACAACUCUUUUUCUGGGUCUAGUUAUUUUUUUCUGAGCCAUGAUAGCUGGUCCUACCAUGACCAACUAAACUGACUAGGGUAAAAUGGGAAUGGCCAGCUAUAUUUGUUAAGCAUUUGCCAUUCUAUUUGUUGUCACCAACACUGUGUACUUUUGAGUUAUGCUUUCUUCUUUACUCUUGUUUCUCACAUUUCUCUUGUUACAAUGUCCUUGACAUGGCAUCUUGUGUUAAAUUCUGUCUACACAAGGUAGGGUCAGUGAACAUUGCAGAAUGUAGAUCCUUUUUAGAGCAAAUAUGGGAGUGUUUACUAAGGCUGUAUUAAACUGGAAUGUGCCACGAUUAAGAAUUCCUCUGGUCUUUAAAGGGGAAUACCACCGAGCUAAACUAUUCAAUUAUGUUGCUCUAAUGUUUCAGUUUAUUAAAAAAAUCAUUCUGUACUGCUAGCUGGUAAGAUAUGGGAGGAGAGUGCCUGGUCCCCUUUAUCUUUCAUAGAGUUCCAAUGGGAGAAGUGAAUUAGAAUACACAUCCAUUUUGAUAUGGGUAGGUCAUCUGAUUCAGGACUGCAAGUGUAAUUCUGUUGAAAAAAAAAACAAAAAAAACAACAACCUCAAAACCGUAUUGUGUUAGUCAACAAAACCCAGCAUUUUCUAAGUACUCUUUAUUUAUAUUCUGCAGUGUAGCUCCACUCCAAGCAGUGUAGCUUGAUCUCACGGUCAAGGUCCUAGAAAAAGUGUAAAUUCUUGCAUUUGAUUGGUAUUCCCCUUUAAGAUUGAUAAUUUUAUUUUCUGCCACAUUGCAUUUGCUGGUCAAUGCAACGUGUCCAAUUCAGCUGAUUUUUGAAAUGCCCUUAUCACUUUAGACUGUGUUUACAUAAAGGGCCGCUUGAAGUGAGAGACAAUAAUAUAUUUUUUAGUUAUUUUCAUUUGUACAUUUUGUAUCUGUUUUGUGAUGCCAAAGAUUUGGAAUACAUUUAAGUUAUAACUGAUGACAUGUUAUACAAAAGGUUCUAUUCAGAUGCCUUGCUCCAGCUGGUUGACCCAUUAUGAUGUUGCUGUGAACUUUUGUAAUGGUAACUUUUGUAUAUGCCAUUAACAUUUCACAUUAAUAGAUUAAAAUCUUUAAUAUAUGCCUGAAAAAAAUGCUCUCUUUUUUUGUUGUUUUAAUAAGUUAUCUGGAGUGCCAACCUUAUGUAAACUCAAGCAAGUGUAUUCGUGUAUAUUGUGUCUGGAGUAGAAGCACACUGACUAAAAUGCAAUUAAUAAAUUUGACACAUUUGC